GAGGAAGACAAAAGGCUGGAGGCGGACGGAGGGCUCUCAGACACGGAGUUAUACAGAGUUAUGCUGGCUGCAGCCGUCCUCUGCAAGCAGCUGGAUUUGGCUUUUAGGGUUCAUUUGAAAGGUGGGAAUAUAUGGACACCUUUGGAGGAUGGAUCUAUGCUUUUUGUGAGGAGAUCGUUGUGACUGAAAGUCUCAGAUGAGGAAAGCCGUGAUAAACAGGAAGUGUUGACGUCGGUAUUCCCACCAGCCUGGCACAAUGGGAUCAUCCACACUGGGGAAGGCAGCAUCACUUGAUGCUCUUUUAAAUGAGUGUAUUCAUGCAUUUGAUGACGGCGGUGAGCUGCACGGUAACCUGCUUCCUCGCAUCCUGCUGCUGAUGCACCGCUGGUACGUUACCUCCUCUGAGCUGGCAGGAAAACUACAGAUGAUGUACCACGACUGCAAAGGUGACGGCUGCCAGACAACCAGGCUGAAGAUCUGUUAUCUAAUGAGGUACUGGAUCGUGACUUUUCCUGCAGAGUUCAACCUGGACUUGGGAUUGAUCAGGAUAACGGAGGAGUUCAGAGACAUGGCAGCUCAGCUCGGCUCUGAGGAACAUUUCAAACUCAUCGACAUCUCCACCAUUCCGUCGUACGACUGGAUGCGGAAGUUGACGCAACGGAAGAAGCAGGCGAAGAAAGGCAAGGCAUCGCUGCUGUUUGACCACCUGGAGCCCAUGGAGCUGGCUGAGCAUCUCACCUUCCUGGAGUUCAAGUCUAUCCGGAGGAUAUCGUUCACUGAUUACCAGAGUUACGUGGUGCAUGGUUGUCUGGUGGACAACCCGACCCUGGAGCGCUCCAUCGCUCUGUUCAACGGCGUCUCUCAGUGGGUCCAGCUGAUGGUGCUCAGCAAGCUCACGCCUCAGACUCGUGCAGAGGUCAUCACCAAAUACAUCCAUGUGGCUCAGAAACUGCUGCAGCUGCAGAACUUCAACACUCUGAUGGCGGUGGUGGGAGGACUGAGCCACAGCUCCAUCUCUCGGCUCAAGGAGACCCAUGCUUACCUGGCCCCAGAGGUGGUGAAGAUCUGGAGCGAGAUGACAGAGCUGGUUUCCUCCAACAACAACUACUCCUGCUACCGGAAGGCCUUCAACAAGUGCCGGGGAUUCAAGAUCCCCAUCCUGGGCGUGCACCUCAAGGACCUGAUUGCAGUCCACGUGGUGUUCCCUGACUGGGUGGCUGACAGGAAUGAGCUGAACCUGGUGAAGAUGCACCAGCUCUAUAUGACUUUCACUGAGCUGGUGUCCCUGCAGAGCGCCGUCGCCCAGGUGGAGCCCAACAUGGACCUCAUCUACCUGCUGACGCUUUCUUUGGACCUUUAUUACACAGAAGAUGAGAUUUACGAGCUGUCAUUGCUGCGAGAACCACGUAACUCCAAAUCAAUGCCGACCUCCCCAACGAUUACCAACAAGCCUCUGGCCCCGCUGGACUGGGCGUCUGGUGUCACCACCAAACCAGAUCCAUCAGUGGUCAAUAAACACAUCCGCAAAGUGGUGGAUUCGGUCUUCAGGAAUUAUGACCAUGACCAUGAUGGUUACAUUUCACAAGAAGACUUCGAGAGCAUCGCUGCUAACUUCCCCUUCCUCGACUCCUUCUGCGUUCUGGACAAAGAUCAGGAUGGGUUGAUCAGUAAGGAUGAGAUGAUCGCUUAUUUCCUGCGGGCAAAUCCCCUGCUCCAGUGUAAGAUGGGACCGGGUUUCAUCCACAACUUUCAGGAGAUGACCUACCUGAAGCCAACCUUCUGUGAACACUGUGCAGGAUUUCUCUGGGGGAUCAUCAAACAGGGAUACAAGUGCAAAGAUUGUGGCGUGAACUGUCACAAACAAUGUCGGGAACUGCUGGUUCUGGCCUGCAGGAAGCUGGUUCGCUCCGGAUCUCUGAGCAGCGGUUCUCCGGCCAGAUUGACCCACAGCUCCCUGCCCAGCAGCCCCACGCUGCCCACCUGCAAAGACGAGGACGACGUGUUCGAGUUUCCGGCCGUGCCAGCGUCGUCAGCUCCGGCCCUGGCCCCCCAGUCCAUCACCCUGAUGACGGGCUCGGCCCAGAGGAUCUCCGUGAGACUACAGAGGGCCACCAUCACCCAGGCCACGCAGAACGAGCCCCUGUGGCCCCAACUCAGCUGGGGGGCCGCAGACGGCGGCUCCCACACCUUCCCCAAGAUGAAAUACAGGACUCACAGGAAGAUGUCUAAAAACAAAGGCUUUGCCUGUUGGGAAAACCAGAAUGAUGGGCGGCACGAGGCGGUUGCUUCCAGGUGCAGCGUGGACGUUCAGAAUCAGCCGGACACGCCCAAGGAGCCCACACGUAACGGGCUCACACAUGCCAGGAAGGACAGCUGACUUGGUCCAAGUGUCCAGGGCCGGUUCUCGGGGGGCCGGGGGCCCCGUGGGCCCUUCCCGGCUGGAACCAGGAGGUUCCUCUCACUGGGCGAGGCUCUGGGCCGCUGGAGGUCACCGUUUAGGUCACCGUUCAGUGACCUGCAGCUCUCCUGCCCCGUCUGGCGCUCAUGCACGUGUUUCUGCGACGGUGGAGGAGCUGGACGCUUCCACCCGGGAGACGACCGCACACGGCUGGUACUGGGGUUUGUUCCGGGAUGUUCUUUAAAGAACGUGAGCAGAAGUGAAACACGGCGAGAAAAGUGAGGGUUGGUAAUUUCACAGCGAAGAAGUGACAGCCGUGGACAGAAACGGUAUUGUUUUAGAUCCGGAGGAAUCGGCGAGCAGGCGAGACGAUGUGACACGUGAAGCUGCAGGAAAAGGGAAAGGAGGACUGAACGUGAACAUGAAGGGAAACUGCUGCCAUGGAGGAGGAUGCUAGUGGACUAGAAAACCUUUUAGUUUCUCUAGACAUCAAUUUGCCUUUUUUUUUACAUUUUAAAUAUGUAUAUAUAUUUAUUCUUGCUGCAUCUGCAUAUACUAUGUUACACGUACCUUUUAAAAAAAUGAAUGAGUUCCACAGAUAUAACUGGACACACUGGCCAUAUUUGUUGGGAUCCAGCUAGACGUCCUCUGCCCAGAAUAUACAGCAAACAAAAGGGAUGUAUUGUCAUUAUCAAUAAA